UAAUAAAGGAAACGAAAAAACCAAAAAAAAAAAAGAAAUAAUUCAAAGAAAUUAUUAUAAAAAUAAUUUAUAAAUAAUGUUACUGCUACGUAUAUCUCAACAUUUGCAACAUUUACCUCAUAAACCCAUUUGGAUGUUUUUAUGUUUGUUAGCGAUUGUUGUGGGAUUUUUGGAUAAAACUUCCGCCGAAACGGAAACAGAAACGACAACAUCACCUUCAACUACACCAGAACCCGAUGCUUCACCCGGUUGCAAAGCACCAGAUAUACGUUUCACGGUUAUAAAGCCAGAAACGGCAACAGAACAACCAUAUGCCAGAUUCGAAACGACUCAGGUUUAUUUACCCGAGGAUUUCACUACCGCCGAUGUGGAAUUUGUCGAACGAAUCAAUAUCGAUCUGACAGGACGUCAUGCUGGCACUCAAAUGGGCGGCAUUGUGAACCCCUAUCAGGUCGAUAGCGAUGAUCAUUAUCAUGCAGCCGGGCUGCAUGCCGAUGGCGACAUAACUUCGGUGGAUGUGGAUCAGAAUGAUGAAGAAAUUGCCGCCGAUUUCGAUGAGAAUUCCCGUCAACGUAAUCAACAGUCCCGUAAAUAUAAUAAAAAUCAUCGUUCAGGUUCGGGUCGUCGACGCCGUUUGGAAAAUGACAAUGGUCAAACUAGGGGUCGCGGCAGCCGUUAUAAACGCCAAACGAUACAUCAUGAUCCUGAUGCCUCAGCGGAUACCGAUAAAUGGAGUGGUGGUAAAUUGGCAGCCGAUGGAGACGUUUACUAUAUUCACAUAGAAGACAUUCUCAAAUCACGAUCGCCCAAUGAACAGUUACGAUUGAAAUUACAUAAAAUUAAAAAUAAAAAGAAGGGAACCAAAGGGAAGAAAUCUAUGAAAAAUUGCAAAAACGAAUUAUGCCAAAAAUCUAAGAAAAACAGUCAAACGGCAACAGUAAGAGCAGAUAAUGAACAGCAACAUCAAGAAGUAGAACAACAGCAACAACAACAACAACAACAGAUACAGCAUCAUCGUCGUCGUGGAGAUAGCCAUGAACAGAAAGAUGUUAAUAAUAAUUUAAAGAAUAUAACGAGACAUCAGCAACAAACAUUACAGCAGCAAACCGCUGCGCUCAUUAAUCCCAGACAUAAGCGAAGCUUAAUAGCACUCAAUAAUAAAGUUGAUAAUGAAGAAGAAGAAGACGAAAAAGAAAAACAAGAAAAACAAGAAAACGGAAUAAAAGCAAUGGCCAAUUAUGUUAACCAUAUCACAACAGGCAAUGCUGCUGAUGUAAUGACAGAGAGUGCUAAUGAUGAACCUAAACCACCGUUGGCGAGGACUAAGGAGGUUGAUGAUUAUGCCCAUUUUUACUCGAACACGAGUACAGACGCUUUACAACGCGUUAAGCGUAAAUCAGGCAAAACUACCGGCGCUCUUAGUCGUCCCAAGGGUGGUAGCGAUUCCGGUUCGAAGACCACAAGUCGUAAAGAUAAAGGUAUUUACGAUGAAGAUGGUGGCUAUUCUCCAGUACAUCCCGACGAGGGUGAAUCGGAUGAAGAAGAAGAUGAAGAAGAAGAAAUGGAUAUACAACAACAAUUUACUGAAGUAUCUGAGAUACGGUUCCCUGGCGAAAUAGGACCAUUGGGCGAUCGUCGUCUAUGUAAGAUACGUUGCAUUAAAGGCAAAUGGGUGGGUCCAUUGUGUGCCACCAACGAAGAGGAUGAAAACGGAAAUGUGAAAUUUCAGCCGUUAUACAAGAGCUGCCAUGUACAGCGUAUACCACCAUACUUAUUAUUGAGUUAUCGUAAUAUAUCAGUGAAUGUGGGCUGGGAUUUACCACAUGGUCACUCAUUGCAAGCGCGCUGUAAGGAUUUGGGUUUGUACAAACUGCUGGGUGAAUCGCGUGUUUUAUGUUCGAAUGGUUUAUGGGCACCACGUAUGCCUUCAUGCGUACCCACCACAUUGUUGACGAAUUUCUCGGACGACAGCGCUCCGUCAAUACGUUUUAGAAUCUUGAAUGGCUCCGGCUCAUUUGAGCCAUCAGGUGUAAUGGCUGUUUUGCCGCAUAGUACCAUCUUAUUGGAUUGUAUUUAUCCACGUUUAAAAGGUAUACCCGAAUGGACUUGGACAAGCUGGUAUAUGCAAUAUCCUACAGGUAUUCCUUCUACUAUCGUCAAUAUGCUCAACAGAUCGUUUACAUAUUAUUUCAUACACAUUUAUACAAUUAUAUCUUCCUUAUAUACUUAUUUAGGUUGGGCUCAUGAAGAUAAAAAUUUACGUUAUCGUUUAACAAUUCGCAAUAUUGAAAAUGGUGAUACCGGUACAUUUACUUGCACUUCACCGCGCGGUUUAACGAAUAGCAUAUCGAUUGUUGUGGCCACAUCCACUUGCCCGCAGCUACCGGAACCGGCGUAUCCGCUCACGUUACGUUUAGAGGGUAACAAAUUGGGACAGCGUGCCAUAUACCGCUGUCCACCCGGUUUUCGGGUUGAUGGCAUUGCGAAUGCUACUUGUUUGGCUUCCGGUAAUUGGUCAUCGCCGGCACCUACUUGUCAUGCAGUACAAUGUCCGCGUUUGACAUUGGACGAUCCGCAUUUGAGUUUAGUCGAAUUAAAUACUUCGGCUUGGGGCCGGGCGGUGUUCAAAUGCCAGUGGGGCUUUAAAUUGACCGGUCCGCCGACUCUGGAAUGUGAACCGACGGGCGUGUGGAGUGGCCCAGUUCCAAGAUGUAAAGCUAUACAAUGUCCGACACCGGUAGCACCAUUAAAUGGCCGCAUUGGUGGCACGAAUAUAAAUCAACGUCGUCUCACUGUGGGUGCACUGAUCACUUUCAGUUGCAAUGAAGGACAUACACUGGUCGGUGAGCCGAGUAUCAUAUGUACGGAAAGUGGUUUCUGGUCACAUUCGCCACCGUUUUGUAAGUCACAGUGUCCGUAUCCCGGCGAUCCACCCAAUGGUUUAUUGGCCCCCUUAAAAUUCAGUUAUGAUUCCGGCGAUUACAUCAGCGUACAAUGUCGACCGGGUUAUGUACAAUACAGCGAGAAUGGUCCGCCUGAACGUCCGAAAUGCCAACCGGAUGGGAAUUGGUCGGGUCCGGUACCAAAAUGUCGUAGUUAUGAAGAAGUGUAGCUGAUAAAAAUGGCUGAUCUACUCGAAGAAUCUGUGGAAAACUCUCAAGUAUACGCUGGUUCUUAGAAGUCUUUUUUCCUUUCACUAACACAGCCCCCCGUUGAUUGCCGAGAUCUGUACAAAUAUCAGGAGGAAAUUUAAUCAACGCGAUUAUUGGAAUUUGGCAUAAAACCGAAACGGGAUAGAAAUUUAGUAGAAAUUUUAUCACUUUCUUUACAUUUCUAUUAGAAAGCUAUAAGAAUUUAAGCAAACCUUAUUCUAAAUUUAAUUUACGCGUUUAAUAACAAUUUUAAGAAAUAGCUGUUUGUCCUUGAAGCACAAAACACUUAAAAAAAAAAAA